CUGGGCUGUCCUCUCGCGCGCGGCGCUGGCCGGGGCGGCGGUGGUGGAAGAGGAGGACGAGGAGGAGGAGGAGGACGAGGAGGAGGAGGAGGAGGAGGAGGAGGAAGGCGGCGGCGGCGGCGGCGGCUGCGAACCCCGAGAGGAGGACGGGGGCGGCGUCGGACUGGAGCCGAGCGGCGGCGGCGCGAGCUGCUCGGAGUGCUGUAGUGAGCGCGCCCGCCGGGCCCCCACCUCCGAGCUACACCCUGCCGUGCCCAGCUCUGCCCGCGUCCGUGCCCCCGCGGGGAGCGCGCCGGGGCUGCCCCCCGAAUGACGGGCGGAAGGUUCGACUUCGACGAUGGCGGCACCUACUGCGGCGGCUGGGAGGAGGGCAAGGCGCACGGGCAUGGCAUCUGCACGGGGCCCAAGGGCCAGGGCGAGUACUCGGGCUCCUGGUCGCACGGCUUCGAGGUGGUCGGAGGCUACACCUGGCCCAGCGGCAACACCUACCAGGGCUACUGGGCGCAGGGCAAGCGGCACGGGCUGGGGGUGGAGACGAAGGGCAAGUGGAUGUACCGGGGGGAGUGGUCACAUGGUUUCAAGGGGCGCUACGGGGUCCGGCAGAGCCUGUGCACCCCCGCACGCUACGAGGGUACCUGGAGUAACGGGCUGCAGGACGGGUACGGCGUGGAGACCUACGGGGACGGAGGUACCUACCAGGGCCAAUGGGCCGGUGGCAUGCGACAUGGCUACGGCGUGCGCCAGAGUGUGCCCUAUGGCAUGGCCACGGUGAUCCGCUCCCCACUGCGCACCUCAUUGGCCUCACUGCGCAGCGAACAGAGCAAUGGCAGCGUGCUCCACGACGCUGCGGCCGCAGCCGACAGCCCCGCUGGCACCCGUGGUGGCUUCGUGCUCAACUUCCACGCGGAUGCCGAGCUCCCAGGGAAGAAGAAAGGUGGCCUCUUCCGAAGGGGCUCCCUUCUAGGAAGCAUGAAACUCCGCAAGUCCGAAUCCAAGUCUUCCAUCUCGAGCAAACGCAGCUCUGUCCGCAGCGACGCAGCCAUGAGCAGAAUCAGUUCCAGCGAUGCCAACUCCACCAUCAGCUUCGGCGAUGUUGAUUGUGAUUUUUGCCCAGUGGAAGACCACGUCGACGCCACAACCACCGAAACUUACAUGGGCGAGUGGAAGAAUGACAAGCGCAAUGGCUUCGGUAUCAGCGAGCGCUCCAAUGGCAUGAAGUAUGAAGGGGAGUGGGCAAAUAACAAGAGACAUGGAUAUGGCUGCACCGUGUUUCCCGAUGGCUCCAAAGAAGAGGGAAAAUACAAAAAUAAUAUUCUGGUACGUGGAAUAAGGAAGCAGCUUAUACCAAUAAGAAAUACAAAAACUAGAGAGAAGGUGGACAGAGCAAUAGAAGGUGCACAAAGGGCAGCAGGCAUGGCGAGAACCAAAGUGGAAAUAGCAAAUUCAAGGACUGCUCAUGCAAGAGCGAAAGCUGAUGCUGCUGACCAGGCUGCCCUGGCUGCCCGCCACGAAUGCGACAUCGCCAGAGCUGUGGCCAGAGAGCUGUCGCCUGACUUCUACCAACCAGGCCCGGAUUAUAUCAAACAGAAAUUUCAGGAAGGUGUAGAUACUAAAGAAAAUCCAGAAGAAAAGGUACCGGAAAAGCCUCCAACACCCAAGGAAUCACCUCAUUUCUAUCGGAAAGGCACUACACCCCCAAGGUCUCCAGAGGCAAGUCCCAAGUCAAGCCAUUCUCCACAGCCUUCCCCAAAGCUCACGAAGAAACAGAACCCCAGCUCAGGGGCAAGACUCAACCAAGUCAAAAGGAGUGUGGCUGAUGAGCAGGUGAUGGCUGUUGUCAAUAAGCCCUUGAUGUCAAAGGCUCCCACAAAAGAGGUGCGAGCAGCCAUGCCCCAGUCCAAGUACUCUGGCCACCACCACGUCCCCAACCCCAGUAAUGGGGAACUGCAUUCUCAGUACCACGGCUACUAUGUGAAACUGAAUGCCCCGCAGCACCCUCCGGAAGACAUGGAGGAAAAUAGAUUGAGCCCGUCUUCCUCAGCACUGGUGUACAAGCCAUCGCCCAACAAGAGGAGUCCCUCUAAAUCUGUGACAAAACCAGUUGCCAAAGAAAGCAAAGCUGAGCCAAAAGCUAAGAAGUCUGAACUUGCUAAACCAAAGAAUCCAGCGAGUAAUGAUUCAAGCCCGUCUUUGGAAAACGAAGCCAAUUCAGGCCCUAAUUCAGUCAUGAUCGUGCUUGUCAUGCUGCUGAAUAUCGGGUUGGCCAUUCUUUUUGUUCACUUUCUAACCUGAUUGGAAUUGAGAAAGUGAAGUCAUGACAACUAGCGGUGUUAGCCCACAGUUCUCUGCAGUGGUGUCAUCAGUCCUUUAAAUGGCACACCCCAGUCAGACCCAGACAGAGGGAAGGAGGCUUGGAAUUAGGAUGGGAUCGCAAGAGAGCUGAAACUUGGAAAAUUCAGCCAGAGGACCUGUUCGGUUCCCCGGGGGAAUGCUUUGUGGCUUUGGGGUCCUCUGAGAGCUGCAGCAAGCAGCCAUGGUGGAGAGCAAAACUUAAUAACCAUUCUUUUUUAAAAUCUGCUGAAACAGCCCCAUCCGGCGAAGUUCUUGGCAUUGGCUACUCCAUCUGUCCUAGCAGUGUGUGACUAAACUGGAAAUGUAUGGAGAUGCAUUUUUUUUUUGAUGGAAGUCAACAGCUGCCUUACAAUUUUACCAUCUGACGUUUUUAGUAGGGAGCUGGGGAAACAAACGACUGCCUGAGGAAUGCGGUCAGAGGAUUGUGUUGCUGUGGCCACGCUUCCAACAUUCACUCCUAUCUCAUUAGAAGUAAUAGGUAGCAGCAUCACUCACCAGUCUUAUGCCAUGACCUGAUGCUGUAACAUCUCCUGGAAUGUUCUAGGGGAGAAUGUUUCGUUCGCUUUUGCACGACUAUGUUCAUUUUUGCUGUUUGUUUAAAUAUGCUGAUGGUCAUCUGCAGUGUGCAGACCUGGCCAGAUGAAACACACUCAUUGCAUCUCACGGAAAAGAAACCAUGAAAUCCUACAGAAAAUGUGUAUUUUGAUAGCAAUACAUCAUUUUUUUGUGUCAUUUAGUCUUCCUUAAACCUGUACAAGUUAUUUAUUUAUCUUGAAAUGUUAGCAAUUUCAAAGGCAUUAACCUUUCUAAAGAAUAACUUUAAUUUUAACAACUGAUAUGAAUUAUUUAUGCACUUAGAAGGUGCUAAGUUUUAAAAGCUGAAAGACGACAGAAUCCUAAGACGUAUAGUCAAAAUGUUGCAUGGAUUGCAGUAAUCAGUGUUUAAAGGAUUUGGUUUCAUUGCUGACGUACUUUACAACCAAAUAAAAUCUUGUCAGUGGCUAUGUUAAUUCCCAUGAAAGUUAAGCAAGAUGCUAUUAAUAACUACUCUGCUCUUCCUUUCCAACAUAAAUUUCUGUUGAAUACAUUCAGGUAUGUUAAAUCUGUGUUAAAUCACUGCUUCUCAGUUUUAUGCCUUUCAUGUUUUUCAAAGUCCUUUUGUAAUUCUACUUCACAUUUUAAAGGCUUAGACAUUUUCAUUUAAAUCUGUCUUUUGCAGUCCUUUGUUAUUCUGACAUAAUCUGAUUUUUUUGUUAUUUUAUAAUUUAUCAUUUACUACUCAGAAGCAUGCUUAGAGAAACUACAUGGUCUUUAUAAAAAUAAUUAUUUAAAAAGAAAUCGGGGAGGAAAGAUAGCUAUUAAAUCACCAUGAUUGCAGAGAGGGAGCUACUCGUAAAUAUCUUCAUGAUCUGCACGGUAUAAUCAGUUUCUUUUUGCCAUACUUGCUACCUUUUCAGUGCAGAAAAACUAAGUCACAUGUUCACACAGAUAUGAACUGAGUACUUUGUCACCUGCAGGGUAGUGACCCAGUGGUGGUUUUUUUUUUUUUUUUUACAAGAAAUACGAUUAUGUUGAGAAUCCUGGGUAUUACCAAUAUGGAAUAAAGAAGAAAGCAGAAAGAGAACAAAUGAAAAUUACAACUUGUAUAUUUUAUUUAUAUUUUACAUUUUGCUUUGACUUUUAAACCUAGGAAGUAUGUUUUUAACCCAAGAAACAUGUAGGUUCCUAUGGUAGCCUCAGUACUCUGACAGCUCCUUCCUGACCCCGUGGCUCUUCUUGCCGGGAAAACUGAUUUUUUAAAAAAUAUAAAAUUAUUUAAUCUUAUUGUUUAUUUAAAAUGUGUAAUGCUUUGGAAAUAAUGGGUAACAGAUAACUAAAGGAUAUGUUUAUAAAGUGAGCAUGUUGGUUCCAUUUAUAAAUAUAUGUAUGAUUUAUAAGCUUUUUUAAAAAACAAAGCUCAAAUUGUUGGUAUUUUUCUAAAAUGUGCACAGCUGUAUUUUACAUGAGAGGCUCUUUCUAAUGGGUUGUUAUACUGUACUCUACAUUUUGGACAGCACAUGAAGUCUGCCAAUGUACUUAAUAAAACAUGACUUUGUUUAUUUAAAGUUUCUUGCUGUGAAAAGAACUCCCUACCUGUGAGUUCCUUUAUUUAUAACCCUUGAAACCAAAAUGUAUAAUGUACAGUUUUCACAACUGUAUCUGCUCUAAUAAAAAAAAAAGUUGGUUAUUAA